AGAGAGAGAGAUAGGACUUCCUCCCCGAUUCGCAAAGUGAAGUCACUUCCCAAAAUUAGCUGAAAAAAAGUUUCAUCCGGUUAACUGUCUCUUUUUCGCUCCGCUACAACAACAAACGUGCACAGGGGAGCGAGGGCAGGGCGCUCGCGGGGGGCACACAGGGAGGGCCCAGGGCGCCAGGGAGGCCGCGCCGGGCUAAUCCGAAGGGGCUGCGAGGUCAGGCUGUAACCGGGUCAAUGUGUGGAAUAUUGGGGGGCUCGGCUGCAGACUUGGACAAAUGGACGGGACUAUUAAGGAGGCUCUGUCAGUGGUGAGCGACGACCAGUCCCUCUUCGACUCCGCGUACGGAGCAGCGGCCCAUCUCCCCAAGGCCGACAUGACCGCCUCAGGGAGCCCUGACUAUGGCCAGCCCCACAAAAUCAACCCCCUCCCACCGCAGCAGGAGUGGAUUAAUCAGCCGGUGAGGGUCAACGUCAAGCGGGAGUAUGACCACAUGAAUGGAUCCAGGGAGUCUCCGGUGGACUGCAGUGUUAGCAAAUGCAGCAAGCUAGUUGGUGGAGGCGAGUCCAACGCCAUGAACUACAACAGCUACAUGGAUGAGAAGAACGGCCCCCCUCCUCCCAACAUGACCACCAACGAGAGGAGGGUCAUUGUCCCCGCAGACCCCACGCUGUGGACGCAGGAGCAUGUGCGGCAGUGGCUGGAGUGGGCAAUAAAGGAAUAUGGCUUGAUGGAGAUCGACACAUCAUUUUUCCAGAACAUGGAUGGCAAGGAACUGUGUAAAAUGAACAAGGAGGAUUUCCUCCGAGCCACCUCCGCCUACAACACGGAAGUGCUGUUGUCACACCUCAGUUACCUCAGGGAAAGUUCACUGUUGGCCUAUAACACAACGUCCCACACAGACCAGUCCUCACGACUGAGUGUCAAAGAAGACCCUUCUUAUGACUCAGUCAGGAGAGGAGGAUGGGGCAAUAACAUGAAUUCUGGCCUCAACAAAAGUCCGCCCCUUGCAGGAGCACAGACAAUGAGUAAGAAUACUGAGCAACGGCCCCAGCCAGAUCCAUAUCAAAUCCUGGGCCCUACCAGCAGUCGCCUAGCCAACCCUGGAAGCGGGCAGAUCCAGCUGUGGCAGUUCCUCCUCGAGCUACUCUCCGACAGUGCCAACGCCAGCUGUAUCACCUGGGAGGGGACCAACGGGGAGUUCAAAAUGACGGACCCCGAUGAGGUGGCCAGGCGCUGGGGGGAGCGGAAAAGCAAGCCCAACAUGAAUUACGACAAGCUGAGCCGGGCCCUGCGAUACUACUAUGAUAAAAACAUUAUGACUAAAGUGCAUGGCAAAAGGUAUGCCUACAAAUUUGACUUCCACGGCAUUGCCCAGGCUCUGCAGCCACAUCCAACUGAGUCGUCCAUGUACAAGUACCCUUCCGAUAUCUCCUACAUGCCUUCCUACCACGCCCAUCAACAGAAGGUGAACUUUGUCCCUCCCCACCCGUCCUCCAUGCCUGUCACUUCCUCCAGCUUCUUUGGAGCAGCGUCACAAUACUGGACCUCCCCCACAGGUGGAAUCUACCCCAACCCCAAUGUCCCCCGCCAUCCUAACACUCACGUGCCCUCACACUUAGGCAGCUACUACUAGGAGCUUAAUCAUCGGUGGCCUUCUAGCUGAAGCCCCAUCCCUCACACUUCCUGGGAUACUUUGGACUCUAAAGGACAUACGUGGCCUUGAAGACAAAACAAAACUGGAUGUUCUUUCUUGUUGGAUAGAACCUUUGUAUUUGUUCUUUAAAAAUAAUCUUUUUUUUUAAAUGUUGGUAACUUUUGCUUCCUUUACCUUGAACAAAGAUGCAUAAUUCUGUGGGCCAGUACACCAGUUUGGAUUCUCAAUCUCUUAUCAUCUUGUGAGUUGAAUAUUUAGAUUACUGGAAUGGUUGUAUCAUGGUUCUGGGAAAGAAACUGUAAAUGUUCUUUAUAUUUUUAUGACCAAAGCAGUUUCUUAUCAACACACGGGUCUCAUCAUGGACCUUAUAGGAUUCAAUAUGAUAAAGAAUCAUGGACUUAACCAGUUAUGCUCUGGUUUGAGACUUAGUGAAAAUAGAGGCAGGAAGCUUAUAAUCUUACUUUAGGAGGACCUACUUCAGUGGAUGGCAACUGGAACAUUGGUUGUAAGGCCAGUGAAGUUUUCACCCAACUGGAAUUUAAAAGAAAGAACAUGUAUAUGUAUUUAAGAAGCCAUGGGCAUUGCAAAAUCCCUCUCAGUGGGCAGUGUGCACUAGGCCGACCAUUCUCUCUAGAUAUAAUCAAGACAUGAACUAAGAAAUGUUAAUGCAAAUGCAGACAUUCCUGAAAGACAGAGAAUUAAAUAACUAAUGUUUUUUUUAAAAAAUAAUGACAGUGGGUCCCAGAACUUGGAAAAGUCUUAGGGAUUUCUAAACACAAACAGAUUCGCAAGCGCUGUGCGCUUGUCAGGCCAUCAGUCCAGGGUCAACCAACCAAAAGGCAACUUACUGUAUAAAUUAUGCAGAGUUAUUUUCCUAUAUCUCACAGUAUUAAAAAUAAAUAAUUAAAAAAUUAAAAAGAAUAAAUAAACGAGUUGACCUCGGUCACAAAUACAAUUUUACUAUCAAAUCAGUUGUUGUUAUUUUUUUAAAUGUAAUUUGUACAUCUUUGUCAAUCUGUACAUUUGGGCUGUUUGUACGUUUUUAUAGCUGGUUUUUAAAAGCAUAAUGUGACUAUUGCUGAAAAGAAAACAGGACGUUUAAGUCCCUGACUUACUAGAAAGAGAAGCCUGGUGCAGGUAUCUAACAGGUGGGCACAAGCAGGUGGAGGCAUCCAUUUAAAUCUUUAAUGCUUUGGAAAUGUUUGUAAAUAACCGUACCGCAAUAAUCACAACUUUGAAAAGAACAACCAAACUUUCCCUUGUGGAGACGAGGGAUUUUCCUGCCCUAUAUAUGCAAUAUAUUUUUUAGAUAUUAAAAUAUAUAUAAUUUUGCAGGUAAUCGUUGACUUUUUUUAAACUAUAUUAAGUGUUAAGCUGACAACUGUCAAUGAAGACUAUGUUGUAAAAUAAUUUGACUAAAUAAAUUGUGCCUUCUUCUCUCAGAA